AUGGCCCCCCUACAAGGCUGGCAGUUCCAGGACAGCGAUCGCUCGUCGUGGGACAUUGUCUGGACAUGUCUGACGACCAUCUUCGCCUGUACAUGGACUAUCCUGCAUCAAAAUGUGCCACCGCGGUCUGCCUCCGAGAACCUGGUCACCGCGAUCAAACUCGUUAGGUGGACCAUGACCUUCCUGGCCCCCGAGCUGCUCUUCCUGGUGGCCCUGAACGAGUUAUGGAGUGCCCGGUCGCUGGCCAGGCGCUGCAAUGCCGCCCAAGAGAGAACCGGUAGCAGCAACUCUCCGACAGGAGAGCCCACGUCGUGGCUAUACAAUCGCACCAGGCCGCUGUCCGACGCCCACGCCGUCGACGACAUGCAUCUGUACCCUCUCCCCGCACGCUGGACGGUGGCGCACUGCUUCUGUGUGCAAAUGAACGGGGUCACCCUGGAGACAGAGGAUGGCUGGAUCUUCUAUGUCAGGGAAGACCAGAUUGUCGCCUUCAUCGAGGCAGGCGUUAUGAGGAGCCCCGACUUCACCGACCGCGACAUCACCUACCGCGCAAAAUCGGACGCCUUUGCGAAGGCAUUUACUAUCUUCCAGAGCACCUGGGUCAUCGUCAACAUCGUCGCUCGUGCCGGGUACAACCUCCCCAUUACCCCGCUGGAGUUCUCAACGCUGGCCUAUGUUGCCUGCGCCCUGAUGACCUACGCCUGCUGGUGGAACAAGCCCCAGGGCAUGGCCGUCCCUAUCACGCUGUUCCUGCAAGCACUCAUCCAAAGCCUGACUGAUGCAUUUCCGGAGCGAUGGGAGCAUUGUCGUGUCUUCUCCCGCGGCCGCGUCAGUACUGCAUUCCGGCGCUGGGGGACAAAGCUUGAGACUGAGAUUAGGAACGAGCCCGCUGAGGGAGGGUUAACAAGAGGAGAUUCGGGGCAGACCACGAAUGAAGAGUCCUUUGUGAAUACAGCGAGUGCGCUGUCAGGGCUUGUUUUCUGUGGACUUCAUGUCGCUGCAUGGAAUUUCCCGUUUCCCACACGUGCUGAAGCCAUCGCAUGGCGGGUAUUCGCUCUCACUGGGCUUGGAUCGGUGGCUGUGGUGUAUGUAGUCGGUCAAGCACCAGUCACUCUGGCAUGGCUCCGCGAGAAAGGCGCGACUUUGCCCCGCUGGAUUCGAAGGUUCGGUGACCUGGACGAGGGGAUUAGUGGAGGGGAAAUGUUCUUGUCUUUAUUUUUCCCGCUAUUAUAUGUCUUGGCUCGCCUGGGCCUGGCGGCUUUGACGUUGUCUUCGUUGCGAGCGCUGCCUGCUGGCUGCUAUACUGCAGUAGUCUGGGUGGAGUCCAUUCCGCACAUAUAA